CAUCUGCAGAAGAACAAUAAUAUCACAGACAAAAAGAUGGGAACUGUUUUUCAUAACUCUUCGGAAGUGUAUACAAGUGACAGUGAAAAGGGCUUUGCUAUACAAAAAAGCCCUUCUGUUCCGAGGGAGCUAGAUGCAGGGGCAAAGUUUGUUCUCAAAUCUCGAGGAUCAUGGUGGCACUGUGGUUAUCAUUUGACGACAUCUAUUGUGGCUCCGGUGCUUCUAACUCUUCCUUACUCCUUCACUCUUCUGGGUUGGGUUGGAGGAGUGCUUUGGUUGACCCUUGCAGGACUUGUAACAUUCUAUUCAUAUAACCUUUUAUCUCUGGUCUUAGAACAUCAUGCACAACUUGGGCGUCGCCAGCUUCGAUUUAGGGAUAUGGCUAGAGAUAUUUUAGGACCUGGAUGGGCCAAAUACUAUGUAGGUCCACUUCAAUUUGUCAUAUGCUUUGGCACAGUGAUUGGUGGUCCUCUUGUGGGAGGAAAGAGCCUCAAGUUCAUUUACAUGCUCUACAACCCUGAAGGAACAAUGAAGCUUUACCAAUUUAUUAUUAUAUGUGGGGUCGUAACACUGAUUUUGGCUCAACUUCCAUCCUUUCACUCCUUGAGGCACAUUAAUCUGAUUUCUUUGAUUCUUUGUGUGACUUAUGCCACAUGUGUCACGGUUGGAUCUAUAUACAUUGGUCACUCAAAAAAUGCGUCACCUAGACAUUAUUCCGUAAGAGGUUCUACUGCAGAUCAACUUUUUGGUGUCUUCAAUGGUAUUUCAAUCAUAGCUACCACAUAUGCUAGUGGAAUCAUUCCAGAAAUACAGGCAACUUUGGCACCUCCUGUGAAAGGAAAAAUGUUGAAAGGACUAUGCAUCUGUUAUUCUGUUAUAGUCACUACCUAUUUUACUGUUGCCAUCUCAGGUUAUUGGGCAUUUGGCAAUCAAUCCAAUGCAACAGUUCUUGCUAACUUCAUUGGUGAGACAAAGCCUUUGCUGCCCAAAUGGUUUUUUUUUAUGACGAAUAUAUUCAUCCUUCUGCAAGUGAUUGCCUUGACAGCUGUUUAUCUGCAACCGACAAAUGAAUUAUUUGAAUCAACUUUUGGAGACCCAAAAAUGGGACAAUAUUCCAUUCGCAAUGUUGUGCCAAGGGUGCUAUUUCGGUCACUGUCAGUGGCAGCAGCCACGGUUCUAGCAGCAAUGUUGCCAUUCUUUCCAGAUAUAAUGGCCUUGUUUGGGGCAUUUGGAUGCAUUCCUCUUGAUUUCAUUUUGCCAAUGGUUUUUUUCAAUAUGACUUUCAAGCCAUCAAAAUACAGCAUGAUCUUUUGGGUGAACACAUUGAUUGCUGUAGUAUCCUCAAUUUUAGUAGUAAUAGGGGGAAUAGCAUCAAUUAGACAAAUAGUUCUUGAUGCCAAAACAUAUCACUUAUUUGCUGAUAUGUAAAUAUUAUAGCAAUACAACGA